AUCCCUCGUCGCUGACUACCUACGACUACAAGAGUACAAGACCAGAGACGGGAGUAUUCUCUGACCGACCAGAGUUGAAUGUAUGUUCACGCGGUCAGGUUUUGCGGUUCGUUUCAUUUUCCAGCGGCGUACAUGUUCAUUUUGCCGAUCGUAGCCCGCGACGCCAUUGUUAUAAUACCGAAGGAGUUUUUUUUUUAAAAAAAAUAGUGUGUGUUGAUAAGAGGUGGAAAAAAAUUUUUUUUUCUGUUUUUUGAUUAAAAAUCGAAAAAGUUUAUUGAGAAGGAAAAAAUUGCCGGUAGUUGAGAAAAGGAAUAUAAUCUCUGUUAUAUUUACGAGAGAAACACUUAUCUGACUAAAAGCCGGCUUAACUUUUUUUCUUCCUCUUCUUCUUCUUCUUCUUCUGAUUAUCCCUCGCCGACAUACGAUUUUGACAGGUGCCGACGAACAGAUUUGAUUUUUUUUUUGACAAAGUGCGCGAAUAAAAAUUUCGUCGAUUUUGGGAAAAAAGGAGUUUUUUCCCCUUGUAAAAGUGUUUCUUUUUGUGAUUUUUUAACCCCUUGGAAGAAAAGUUCUCUCUUUCCCGCUUGUUUUCAAUUUUCCUGCGUUGGUACGAAACUAGUACUUACUUGUUCGAUUGUCAACUGCAGUUGUUUUUUUUAAUCAUCAACAGUGUGGUUUUUCGCCCGGUGUUCAUGUUUUUAUCAGUGUUUGUUUGUUUCUAAGUGAAUUAUGUGAUUUUGGUUUUUUCGACAACAAAACAAAGGAUCUCUUCUUAAUUCUCAAGUUUUCUUCAUUGGGACAUUUAAUAAACAAUUAAUAAAGAAUGCAGGGAGUGGCGUGUCGGAAAGGGUGGUUCACCACCCUACGGAUGGCGUUGGUAGCUGUGCUGUUAGUCGGACUACCCCUCGCAAACGGAAAAUGUGAAUUUCCACAGGGUUGGCGAGGGAAAUGGUUUUUAAAUGCUCGUGAAGCACCAGUCAUUGUGAAUGCAACAACUUUCGAUAACAAAACUUGUAUCGAGAGUAACCAGAAUGAUGUAUUCAUAGUUUACGAUAAUACGGAGAGCUGUUAUCGAUGCAUGAUCAUUAAUACCCGUCACGAGAGCGUCAUUCAAUAUCGAGAAAGUGACUGUAGUCAAAAGGCAACAUCUCUGAGUCAAAUGUCCGAGUCUAUCAAAUUAGAUGACAGUCUCUUCUCCAUCUUCCGGUUGGAUGCAAAACCAAUCCCUUGUCCAUUUCAAGAGCCACCAUUCACAUUUUCCUACAGUCGUGGUCAUGGAGAUUGUCAAGCACCAGGAAAUCAAGCCGAGAGUUGUACAGAUAAAAGCAAAUUGAUCUUUAAAUACCAAGCAUGUACUGAUGUACCUGCUUCCGAGAGCAACACCGAGGAACUGAAGUGCCUGGCCGUUUGGAAAGACGGGUCACGUAACUUGUACUUGGUUGGAACUUUGAAGUCUAGCAGCAGAACUACUGUGGUGAACGAAGAAGUAUACAGAUGUUUCUUGUAUGAGAGAACUCACCGUCAAGGGAAGGUUGAAUAUCAACUGGCCCAGUCUGGGGAUGCAACGUGCAAUGCCCUCACUACUGUUUCCGAGGGGUCGCUAAACAUAAAACUCACAAAGGAAGACAAGGAACGUCGACGAUGUAAAUAUCCAUCUUGGGUUCUUAAACAUCACGUCUGGCAUACUUUGAACGGAGCGAAGAAUUAUCAUUUUCUCGCUGGUAAUUCAACUUUAAAAGUUACCAACAAGGAUGAAAAUGUCACGAUACAGCACGAGGAGAAAAUUGUUUGUCACAAUUUGGAGCUGGAGGAAACGGCAAAUUCAAAACCAUCGGUGAAAUUGGUCGCUCACGUAACUAGUGGCUGUGAUAUUGGAUACGUUUGCAUGAUCUUUCAUCAGCGAGACCAGCAUAUAAUAGAAAUACAGCAAUCCGAGCAAAAGGCAACCACACCAGAUGAAGCUUGUAAACUUUGGGAUCCUUCUCGAAAGCCAUAUACAACCUUGAUAACGUCAUCGUUUCAUAAAGGAAAAUGUCCUCAGCCUGGUCGAUAUUCAAUAUUAAAUUCAUUACCAUCUCAAGCAUUAUCGAGUAUGCGAAGGCGAAAUAAGAGACGAGCAAAAUCAGCAGAAUCGACGACCAGUAAAAUUCGACAAGAUGAUGAAGAUGAACAAUGCAGAAGUACUGACGUUCAUAUUGGUUGCAGCUCCAUGGACCAGAAUGAAGUCAUCAUGGCACAAUCUUGCAAGAACAGAGAAAUAGCUACAUCGUAUUCUUGCCAAGGUAGUUGGGAGGAAAAUGGAACUUGGUUUACGAUAGUGUCUCGAAAUAAGUCAAGCUCAGAAAGACAAACGCAAUGUUUCUCCAUGCGAUUCAGCGAGCCCUCUGACAAAUUAGGUGGAAGAAAUAGUCGAAUAGAUUCAUCAGAACAGGAAUUAAUGCUAUCAAAACCGUCAGAUUUUUGCCAAAGAAAUAUGGAUGAUCAAUGGACCUAUCGAUUAAUGAGUCAAGGUGUCUGUGAGGAUUUGACAAAAGCUGCUUCAAGCUCAGCCUCCUCGUCAUCAAGGGUUUCAUUCGCAUUGCUUAUUGGAGCCGCCGUGAUGAGUCGACUCUUAUCAAGAUGAUGUGUGCCAACCAUUUCCAAAGUUCUUUACUCACAAAUUUAUUAAAGGGUAGUAAAACUUUUAUUACUAUCAAGUUGGCAGAUCGACAGUAUUUAUAAAAAAAAAAUAAUAAUAAUAAUCUCUAUAAGUAUAUCAUCCUGACAUCGACUGAUUCCAGAAAAAAAAGGAAAUUGAAAAUAGAGAAGAAAAACAUUUUAAAAAAAAAGUGAAAGAAAAACUUGAUCAUAAGUUCAAAAAGUUGUACAGUUUUCUAGACGACAAGAGACAAAAAAAAUUGUGUCGUCACUUUAUUAACGAACCGGUAAUUAUAAAACUAACGUUCCUUGACCGUUGUCAAAUCGUUUCAUUUUUCAAAAUUACAAAAAAAAAAAAUUAGUAUAUUCGAAACAAAAAUACUUUUACUAGAAAAAAGUAUCAAAAAAAAAAUAUAUCAACAGAAGUUUUUUAAUUUUGGAAAUUUUUAACUAUUGGACAAUUAUUUAUUUAUUAUUCCCAAAAAAGGAAUUAAAAAAAAAGAAAACUAAGAGAAAACGCGAGACAAUGGUCUUUGAAUGCGACCACUUCUAAAGAUAUUUAUAUAUAUAAAAAUAUAAAUAAAUAUUAUAAAUAUAUAUAAAUACAUUAUAAAUAUUUAAAAUAUGAGUGUUUUUAUUUAAUCUCGACGCUGUAAAUACGAUCAGGGUAUAAGUAAUUAAGAUUUCGCAAAAAAAACUCUGUUGAAUGACAAAAAACGAAAAAAAAACCCAAGGAAAAAAGGAAGAGAAAAACUAAUAAGUUUACUGAUCGACAAAAAAAAAAAAAGAGACGAGGAGGAAUGAUUUUUAUUGUUCUUUAUAUAGCUAGUUGCACACAUCUGUAAAUAACAAUUUUAAUAUUGUACUAUAAAAAUAAGACUGUUUAUAAGAAAAAAAAAAAUUAAAAAGAAAAAAAUAAGUGAAGAUGAAAAAA